AUGUUUAAGUGUACGUGCUGUGACGGAGAUUUCAGAGAUGGGGUAAAGUGUUCCGUUUGCCAAGAAUGUUUUGACUUUCCAUGCGCUGGAUUAACGGAAGCUGGCUACCGUAGGUUAGGAGAGGAUAGAAGAAAUAACUGGAGAUGCACAUAUUGCAAGGGCGCCAAAGCUGUUAGUCCGCUAAACCUACCUUCAAAAAAUACACCUUCUAUUAAGUUUCUUUCACUGGUGGACAUGGAGAUGAUUGCUUUGGAGCUUAAAAGCUUAUCUUCACAGAUGAACUCACUUCCUACCUUAAUAGCAAGCGUCAAUUCUAUACAAGCUGAUGUGGCCGACCUAAAGUCCAUAAAGGCCGAUAUCGAAGAUCUUAAGCUUAUGAAGCCGGAAGUGGCUGAUAUGAGGACUUCAUUAGAAUUUGUUCAGUGCUCUGUUGAAUCAUUGAAUAGUAGGAUGACGGAAAUAAAUCAAGAAAUUCAGACUUUGCUGAAGACAAAAGAUGAUGUAGUUCAAUUGAAGCAACUUCUUGAGAACUUUGAACACUCCAUGCGGGAAUUGAACAAAGGUCUCGUAUGA